CAACUUCUGUUGUGUUUUGUAUUUUGUUUACCAGGCUUUAAGACAAAACAGGAAAUAUUUACCAGCUUCUGCUCUAAAAUAGUGAAAAAUGAGUUCUGCGAAAAAUCAAGAUAAAAAUGCUCUCAAAACCUGUGUAGUGGAAGGAUGCAGCGCCAAUUCCAAGGCGUGCCCAUAUCUCUUCUUUCUAAAAGUUCCGCAGAAUCCGGAGCGCCGCGUCGAUUGGUGCGACGCAAUGGGGGUCGCCGUUCAGAAGGGGCGAGUAUACUGCUGUACGAAGCAUUUCGAAAUUCCCGGAGAUUUUGAUGGAGACUCUGCGCCGGAUAAAUCGAGUGGCAUCCGUUUGAAGCUGAAGAGUGAUAUUUUACCCCACAAGGACAUUCCGUUAAUACAGGAGGUUAGAAAUAUCUAUCAUCUAUUCGACGUAAUAAAGACGAGCGGUACCAUCGAAAAGAAUUGCAAAUAUUUGCUGCCGGCUAUUGAACAAGAUUUGAAGAUUAAAGUUCCUCUUAACAUCAAAUCUUCAACGUUGGACGAGACCUAUGAGUACCUUAUCGAGAGAAUUGUUGAACACUUUAAAACGGAUUUUCCAAAAUCUCGAUUCCAACUAGUGCAGAUGUUGAAGAGCCAUCGCGAUAAAAUCACAGAUAUUGUCAAUAAGAAGAUCGUAAAAGGAACGCUACAGGGCUUGAUUAUGUUGAAAACUAUUCAACCAUUCCUUCAGUACGAUUCCAAGGCCUGUCUUGAUAUUCCAAUAGGCCACAAAGAACUCGAACAGUUGUACUUUGAAUUGGAAGCUAAUCAGCUCAAAGCUUACUUCCGACCCGUUAAACCAACCAUUCCCGUCACUGGCGACGAUAAUGAUUGCCUGGAUCUGUUCUUCUUACCCAGCAUUAGAGUGAACUUGUGCAUUCCAUUUUUAGAGCUGACGAGAGAAGUGUCCACAAAUUCAGAACAGUACAUAGUAAAUGCGGGAAGUAUUCCGAAACCUUCUGAUGCGAAGUCAAAUGGGCUUGAGUGGUUCCAAAAAGUGGAUAAGCCGUAUCGAUUGAAAUCGUCCAAGGUUGGUCAAAACGUCACCUUGGAAUAUUUGGACAUUUUAGUAAAUCUAUUCGAAUCCUAUGAGUUCAUGAUGAGCCAGCGACAAAGAUCCACUUUGAUAUUGUUGUUAAAACAAACAAGAAAGGAUUUGUCGGAGUACGAAAUGAAAGAGCUGCAAAUUACGUACAGUCACUAUUUAUCUCGGCACAAGUACUAUCGCAUUAUUAACGAGGACCUCGCAAAUGAAGUCGGUGAUGUGGAUUUCUUCAUGUUCAUCAAGGAGGUCAUCAACCCGGAGCUUAACUUCCAGUUUACGACCGCGAUCGACACCGAUGUGGCCAGUAUCGAAAAAAUCGACAAGUUUUUCCGGCCGAUUCUGGGCUACAUCAACGAGCAGGCAGAAUUUACCGAUGGCGAACCCUAUCUCAAGUUUGCUGAACAACUGAAAAAGGCCAUUACCUACACUUGCCAGGAAUGCAAUACGACUUUUGAUUCACCCCUUGCUCAUCUGACCAUCAAAGAACACCGGUUUUGUGGAGCCAAGAGGUGGAAAUGUGUUCAUUGUAACGAUUCGUUCCUGGAAUCUAAAUUAGCGGGAGAUAUGUGGUCGCAUACGUGUUCUUAAACAUUCAAAAUAAAUUUGACAAAGUUUAUCUUAUAUAAAUAUGAUGAGUUUACUUUUCAUUCGAUUAUUGUCAUGAUAACAAAAAAACAUUGAGCGACAUUUUUUAAUUUCCCAUGUAUAUUUUAAUAGCAUCGAUACCAGCUGAUUAUAGAUGGAGAAGCUAUAGCCCCCUAGGCAUAAGGGCUAUAUACGACAAUGGUUAUUUUGUUUGUAAAAGAGCAUCAAAAUCUGGAAUGUGGCUGUUAUACGAAUAAAUAUAAUAAUGGGACAA